AUGACAAACAGUGCCAUCGCCUUGCCUCCAACUCGAAUAAAUCGUCGUCGAUCGACAAAAGCUCUUCAUGAUUUCUUCAGCCGUCCGUUCACUCAAAGAAGAUCGCAGUCGAUUGCCGGUGUUCGGGUCUCACCACGAAUCAGUGUGGCGCCCAGCUGCAUUGGAUCAAAACACGGAGUCAACAUGUCGAACACCAUUGAAAUCUCCAUCACAAUACAUGAUUUCGCGACGACUGAAACUGCCAAAGAAAUAAUUUGUGAACUUUACGAAAACGAAACAGAAUCUGAAGAAAAUUGGAGUAAAGUUGGAACAAGCUCUCCAGUUCGUUUUUCUCGAAAUAUUGUUUUCCCGGAGAAGUUCAGUUAUCAGUAUGUAUUCGAAAAGACUCAAUUGGUCAAAGCAGUAUUCUCUCGGUGUUAUGAUCGGAAUAAACCGUCGAGUUCAAGCAGUGAUAUUCUCGCGACAUCUAUCUUCAAAGUGGAUGAACUGAUCGGAUCUUUCGGAUUACAACUUCGUCGACAACUUCAGAAAACUGGAAAUAUUGCAACAGCAUUGUCUGGAACUCUACGACAAUCUGAUGAAUAUUUGGGAGGAAUAAUUGUAUCAGCUGAAAUGCCUGAAAAAGAACAACCAAUUGUUGUUCAAUUCCAUGGAAAAUCAUUGGAUCGUAAAGACUUUUUGUGGGAUGAAACUGCUGUUUUCUUCAGAGUGUUCCGUUUAGAAGAAGGAAAAGACGAUGACUCGUUGGUUUUCCUCUAUGAAAGUGAAGCUCUGAAGAAUCAUUCUCAUCCUCAAUGGGCAGAAUUUCGUUUGGAUACUCAAGACGCAGCAGACAACAGAAAUCGACUUUUAGAAAUUUGGGUAAUGUAUAAAGAUGUCGAUGGGAAGGAGGGAUAUAUUGGAAAGUUUCUGACGACAUAUGCAAAAAUGAAAUAUGGACCAGGAUCUGAUAAUGUUUAUAGUGUCAUCAAUGAUGUGAAGAAAGCACAGAAAAAGAGUUACGAGAACAGUGGAAAAAUGGAACUUGUCAAAUUCACAGACGUCUCUUUUUACUCUUUUCUGGAUUAUAUUGUCAGUGGAACUCAACUUCAUUUCGAAAUUGGAGUUGACUUCUCUACUCCAGAACCAGUUCAUGAGUUGGAUCAAAGAAGAUUUGACGGGGAAUUACAUAUGGCAAUUAGAGCAAUUGGAUCUAUUAUCAGAGAUUAUACACCGAAUCGUCUUUUUGCUGCUUUUGGAAUAGGAGCCAAAAUCCCACCAACUUUUCAUGAAUCUAAUGAAUUCUUUUUGAAUUUUUCAAUGGAUCCGAUUUGUCGUGGAUUGGAUGGUGUGAUGGAAGCAUAUCGGAAGACUCAAUCCAUGGUGACUCCAUUGAAAGAAUCUAAACUGUCUCCUGUGAUAAAUUAUGUAACGAGAAUGUCACAUCGAUCAGGAUUCCGUGGACUUCAUUAUCACGUGCUUGCAUUAUUUACAAGAGGAGAAGUCACUGACUUAAAAGAAAUUCAACAAGCAUUGAACUCUGCAUCAGAUGCUCCAUUAUCUAUUCUGAUCAUCGGAAUGGGUGAUUUUGACUUCACUCCUUUGCAAAAACUCUGCUCAAAACGAAAGGAUGGUCGACGAGAUGUUGUUCAAUUUAUUCAUUUGAAAUCUUUGCUCAACGGAGCAGAAGCUCCUUGGCUCAAUAAGUCAAGAAUAGCUGAAACCGCGCUCCGCAAUGUUCCUCAUCACAUGGUCCAGUAUAUGCAUAAUGCGAACAUUGCUGCGAAACCACCUAUUCAGGUUUGUCGAUCUCCACUAUUCCACAGUUCCUCUUUGAUUCCUGAUAAACCAACUGAAUUCGAUUUUGAAUUAACAAAAGACAAUCGACACGUUGGAAUUGAAAUUCCAAGUUUGAUGCCCAAUUUGAUUCUUCCUCCGGAUCUUUCACCUCGUCCAAGACAAGAUAGAAGAGGAAGUGAUACUCAAUAUCUUGAUAUUGAAACAAUGCGUGGAAGUCUAACAGUCAGAGUCCCAGAAAGAUGUCAUUCGGUGCUUCAAACUAGUAGAGAACAAUAUCAAAGACGACUAAAAGAGAGAGGAUUGGCACGGAUGAAAUUCCCGCGUGUUGAAUUGAGUACAUUGGAAUCAAGUGGUGGAUCUACACAAGACUCUUCUCUAUAG